UCGGAGAAGAAGCUCUUCAGUCGGCGAGUCUUGGCGCGCACUGAAAACCGCGCCUUUGAAAACUCUCAAGAGCGGACGACUCGUGAACGAGGAAUAUCGUUCGGAAGGAUUCCGGAAACGAACAAAAGUGACCCCUGCCGAAAAAUGAAAGUUUGCGUACUCGAGCAAGGUGUGAAGUUCCCCUCGACAACGCCACCCGAGGAAACCCUCCAGGACACCCUCCAUUUGUAUGAAGAAACCGCGAAGUUUGCGAAAGAGCAGGGUUGCCAGCUCCUCGUCUGUCCAGAAAUGGGCGCUCUCACCGGAAUCGCACCCCAAGACAGAUUCGUUACAGCGGAAGUCCUCCCGCGCAUAGGUCAAGCACCAGACCCCUCGAAUCAGGCAACGCUUUGCGCUCUCGCGGAAAUCGCGCGCCAGAACGAACUGCACCUUGUAGUAUCGACGAUAGAGAAAGCCGAUGCUUUCUAUAACACAACAGUGAUUCUAACACCUCAAGGCACCCUAGCCGGGCGUCAUAGGAAGAAGCAUUUAUACCUGGAACCCUGCAUCACCCCGUCUGGCGAAGAGGCGCGAAGAAUUCAUCUGGAGGGCAUCGGUGACGUUGAGUUCAUCACCUGUUUCGAUGUUUACUUCGCUGAAGCGAAUCGUGAGGAGCCCAGCGAUCUAGCCAUAAUGGUGGCUCACUGGUAUGAUGAAAUCCCGAAUCUCACAUUGUUGUCGGUCGCUAGAGGAUGGUCUGUAUCGAAUCAGACUCCGAUCAUCGUGAGCAAUUGCCGCUCCGUGCGACAAGCAACGCUAGGAGCAGGACUUUUCCAUCCAAACGGGAACGGGAAAUAUUCAAUGUCAUUCAGCAAGGACAAAGAAUGCGUUCACAUCUUCGAUCUUGACGAGAAAGCGACGCUGAUUCGAGAGCCCAAAGACGUGCUCACUCCAGACACCUAUCAGCCCAUAAUCGGCGACUUGAAGAGGUUCGACCGCCUUGUUCUCAGAGACAAGUCUGGGAUUCUCAAAAUCGAUCUGCCCACAAUCUCGUGUCAAAUUAUGUAUGAGCUGCGAGGGCUUUCUCAGGAUGUAAUCUAUUUCAUGAUGGCAGCUGACGGAAUCCGGCGAUUUGGCAACGGAGACAGUUUGUACUUACAGGAGUUGUAUAUUGUGGCUCUCAACAAACAGAGUCGAGAAGUUUCGGUAGUUUCGGGGAACCCCUUCCGAACUUUGCGCUUGAGCAUGGGUAUAAAGAAUGAGAAUCAACGUCGCACAGUUUUCCCAAUUGUUGUGGGGGAUAAUCUCUCGCUCAUAGGACCCGAGCGAUGGCAGUUUGAUCACGAGGUUCUCGAGUUACAGGUUGAGGGGGCCAUUGUCUGCGCAGGCAUGUGUCGUCGAGUUUUUAACAAAGAUGUUCCUGUCGUUUCGAGGAAACGCAGCCGAACGAUGUAG